AUGAUCCCAUCGAGGGGUAAAUGUCCAAGGCGAAGAUCUAGUCAUGUUCAGUUGACUGAGAAAGAAAUUAAUGAUUUCAUUGCUCAUAAUGAUGAAGAUGAAGGUAGUGGAAGCGAUUGGGAUGAUGUAGGUGAAACAGACUUAUCAACUAUACUAUCGAAUUCAGCUAUCGCUCCAGAAGAUGUUAUUACUAAUCGAUCUCUUGAAACGGUUUGUUCUGAUUACAAAGAUGUUGGUAGAGGCAUCAAAGAUGUUGGCGUCAGUGAAUUGUUUGGGACAGUUCCGUCCAACCUAUCAUUAAAUGAAAAAGAAACUGUCUCAAAUCUUCAGCAACUGUUUGGUACGGAUAAUCUGAGUGAUGAUGAUGUCAACAAUGACAGUGAAGAUGAUUUCAAUGAGUUGACGGGAAUUGAAGAUGAUGAGAAAGACCGUGGACUUUCAGAAAACGGAGCUAGCAUUCAGAAAUGUUUAUCUGUCAAACAACAUUCAGAAAAAGAUAAAUUAAUUGAACGACACGUCAAUGAAGCAAUUCAAUUUGAGGAGAAGCAGAAGAAGACGUCUUUACCAGCUACCUCUAGUAAAAAUAAUAACGAUAGGAAUUCAGUCAGUACUGCAUUGGCAGCAUGUGCUUUGCGACGUAAACAAGCAAUUUCUGCACUGAAUGCUGCGUCAUUCACUCCUUUCGGGAACCACAGUCCAGCAGUUUUGACUAAAUCUGCUGCCAUCACACCUAUUUCACGUAAUACCAACAGUAAUGAUGGUCAGACUACAUCCGCUGAUAAAGACUGUUGGUUUGCAGUCCCUACAAGACUUCGAGUGUACCGAACUCGAAUUUCUUCAGAACUUUGGUCUAGUAGAACCUCCGAUCGGGAGGUACUCACUCUCUCUCAGUACAUUCAACGUCGCCGUAGUCAUCAGUUAAUGAUGAGUAAAUCUGAGAAGCCAUUUUCUACUGAAGCUGUUGUGGUUGGUGUCAUUGGAUCAAAAUUGCCUCCACGCCGUUCGCGCAAAGAUCGUAUAUAUUCUGUUUGGUGUUUAAGUGAUUUAGAACAUGUCGGUCCUGGAGCAUCAUCAGGUUGUGUAAAAUUGUUUUUAUUUGGUAACUGUCAUGAGAAAUUGUGGAAAGAACCUGAGGGUAGUGUGGUCGCUGUUCUAAAUCCUCGUUCACUAGCCUCGGAUGCAGCAUUUACAGAUGAGAAAGACAUUGGCAUUACGCUAGAUUCUCCAUUGCAUGUUAUGAUUUUGGGCGAAUCUCCUGAUUAUGGGAUUUGUAGCGCAACAACAAAAUCUGGUCAACGAUGUUUCCAUGUUGUUAACAAGACAGUUUGUCGGUAUUGUGAUUUCCAUGUGAAGAAGGCCUACAUCGAGGCUAGUUCAUCUCGUCCAGGUUUUGUGAGUGCAAGUUUGCCGGGAUUCAGUGGAAAAUCACAAUCACGAUAUACUGGUGAUCGCCCUCCUUCUGCUUCUGAGCCUGGUGUAUUCACCCUACCAAUUAACACAAAUCUCCUUAUGGAUAAUGGUCAUAGACCUGUUGUACCUUCCGCUAGAGUUAAAUUGAGCGUGGCUAAACUUGCAGCUGCUGGUUAUCAAGUAGAUGCGUCGAGUGGGCUAGGUGGAAAAGGAAAAACAGCUGCAACAUCUAAAACAUCUUCCAUAUCCUCUCUGUCUGUAAGCAGUAGUCAAAAUACGAAUCCAAGUGAAUGUGACAAUCCCAUAUCAAGACAUAAAUUUUCAGGUAUCACCGAUCAUAGCAGCGGAAAAACUGCGGAGAGUAGUAAAAGCUGUUCACCUAACCAUGAAGGAACACUAUCUGGCCUAAAUGAGGCGGAAAGCAAAUUAAUUUCUGCGUUACGCCGACCGUCCGCUGGUUCUUUAAAUUUAUUAAGGCAUUUAGAACAGGAGAGUGAAAUUGUUCCAAUAACUACUCCUUCUGCCAAUACCACUGACAAUAUUAGUGUGAAGUCUCAAAAGAAAAUAAACUGCGCAAAGUUUUCAAGCGGUACUCAGAAAUCCAGUUCACAAGUCAAUUCAUCUGCUGUAACAUUUGCCGAAUUCUUCUCUUCAGUUAACGAGAGACGUAGGCAUUCUAUACCAUCAUUAUCUGAUACUAUGAUGCCUACACUAAAUAAUAAGUCAGAAACAUUUAUUGAUCUAGGUCCUAUGCCAUCGAUUGGUGGGCAAUCAAAAAUGUCACUGUCAUCAUGCAUAACAGAUGCUGCACGUUUACGCGCUUCUGCUCUUGUCAAUUCUCAUGGAGGCAUAACCGAAAUGAUAAAUAGUGAGGCUCAUAAACGGAAAGUGGAUAUUUUGAAGAAAGCAUCUUUUACCAAUUCAUCUCCAUUGUCAGAAAUCUUGGAUAACAAUCCUUCAAAACGUCCAAAGUUAACUACCUCUGUAAGCAAUCUAGCUAAUGAUAAGCCAAGAAGCUCGUAUCAAACAGCUGAACAAACUUUAAAACAAAUGCGAGCCAACAAAUUAGCUAAGCUGGCUCAACAAAUUAGCCAAGGUUCAGCUCAUACAAGCCUAGUAACUGAAUUGGAAAACCAAACUGAAAAUAUUCGUCUGACGAAUUUAGAAAGACGUGAUGAAUUCGAAGAGAAACUAGUGAAUCAAGAGAAAGAAGCCUGCACAUAUGUGAUAUGCGAAACUUGUAAUUACCGCGCUUUCAAAGCAGCUCCUGCUUGUCGUACCAGUAGUCACCAGCUGAAGUAUUUGAAAGGUUUCAAACGUUAUUUUCGCUGCCGCCAGUGUUCAAAGCGAACUGUAUCCUUGGAUCGUUAUCCUACCAAAUCAUGCCAUUAUUGUGGUGAAUCGUUGUUUGAAAAGGCGGGAGUAAUGAAGGAACGCAAAGGCGUACCACUACCACAUGAACAGCUGUUGCCUCGCGGGAUUGAAGAAAAUUUCUUGGCUAAUUUCUAUUGUAAUUGUAACAACUGUUGCAUUUCCGACCGGUUGGAUUUUCUAGAUGUUUUAUCAUUACUUGUAUUUAUGUCUAAUGUCUAA